CGGCCUCAUAACUCAUUCAUUAUCAUCUCAACAAAAUAACUGCAUGCAUCUUCCAUCCAACUAUAUAUCAAAACACUCUAUGGCGAGGUGUGAAUCCGUUUCCACGACAAUGCCCCUGAAUGCAAAAAUAUUAAUAGCACUUAUAUUCCUUGCAUUCGCAAUCACGGCUACCACUUCAACUCGAAUCCUUGAUGAAAUAGAAACACCAGAAGAACCCAACAGUGCUGCCGAAUCCCCUGUUGUCUCUCCACUUCCACUUGUUGCAGAAUCCCCAGUUGCGGAAGUCAAAGGAGUUGACCAACAACAUCACACGCUCUCAUUUUUCAUGCACGACAUUCUGGGAGGCUCCAACCCCACGGCCAGAGCUGUAACAGGCGUGGUGACGAAUCCAGCUCUGAACGCUCAAGUGGCAUUCGCGAAACCCAACGGAGCAAACCUUCCUCUGAACAACGGAGUUCCACAGAACAACAACAACGGAGGAAUUCUCAACAACAACAACCUUCCUUUCCUCACCGGACUGGGGGGUACCACGGCCAGCGUCUUCAACAACAACAACUUGCUCAACGGUGGGGCCGGUUUCCCGGUCACUAACACCAACCAGCUCCCAGAGGGAAUGACACUGCAGAAGGUCAUGUUUGGGACAAUGACUGUCUUCGACGAUGAGCUCACUGAAGGGCAAGAGUUGGGUUCGGGUUUGGUAGGGAAGGCGCAGGGAUUUUACAUUGCCAGCGCUGUCGAUGGAGCAAGUCAGCUUAUGGCUUUCACCGCUAAGUUUGAAGAGAAUGGUUACGUGGACAGUCUUAGUUUCUUUGGCGUUCAUCUAACGCAGGUUUCGGAGUCUCAAAUUGCCAUCGUUGGAGGCACCGGAAAGUUUCUCAACGCAGAAGGCUUUGCCAUUAUUAAGACUUUUCCUGUUAGCGGCGGUCAGCAACAUAACACUGACGGUGUCCAGACUCUGUUGCAGCUCACUGCUUAUCUGGCAUACUAGCCUCUCUCUCUCUCUCUCUCUCUUAUAUGCUGUGCUGUUAACUUCUUUCUUGUUGCAAAAAUGUUUGUAUUUCGUGUUGUAAUGAGUUAUUAACUAUGUGAGAAUAUUUUACUUUUGAAAAAAAAAAAUUGCUAUGGCUGAGUUUCACUGUGACAGAGAUAUUAGGGGGACAAGCAUGGGCCCGGCCCCUUCUUUCCAAUAUUAUUACAUACAUAUAUUAUUGUGUAUUAAAACAAAAAGUAUGAGAAAUUUCUUAAACAAGUUGAAGUAAAAUAAAGUGCUCCUCACACAAAAGUAAAUAAAUACUUUUGUUUGUCUCCCUGA